GUGUCAGAUAUUCAUAUCAGUAGAUUUCAGGAUCCCAAACGAGCUGUGGACUUCGAAAAAUUCUGUUCUGAUACAAUUGAUGUAAUUCAGCCAGCGCUUGUUCUAGCAACAGGUGACCUGACAGAUGCUAAGACAAGAGAUAAACUGGGAUCUGAGCAGGUGGAAAUAGAAUGGAAAACUUACCAGUCAAUCCUGAAGAGAUCAAGAGUCAUGGAAAAAACCAAGUGGAUAGACAUCAAAGGGAAUCAUGAUUCAUUCAACAUUCCACACCUGGAUAGCGUUCAGAAUUAUUACAGGAAAUACUCUGCCUGGCGUAAAGAUGGCUCUUUCCAUUACAUCCACACCACCUCUUUUGGGAACUAUUCAUUUAUCUGCGUGGAUGCCACGCUCAGCCCGGGCCUGAAGAGACCCUAUAAUUUCUUUGGGGAUUUAAACACGAAUCAAAUGGAAGAGCUGUCUCUGAUGGCGACCAAAAGUCUGCGCAGCAAUCAAACCAUCUGGUUUGGCCAUUUUCCCACCUCAACAAUCAUCUCCCCAGCCCCAGGAAUACGAACACUAAUGAGCUCUGCCACAGCCUAUUUAUGUGGACAUCUCCACACACUGGGGGGGCUGAUGCCAGUCUUGCACAGUCAGCACCGUGGCGGCACUUUGGAACUCGAAUUGGGAGACUGGAAGGAUAAUAGGAAGUACCGGAUCCUUGCGUUCGAUCAUGAUCUCUUCAGCUUUGCGGAUCUGAACUUUGAAGAAUGGCCUGUAGUUCUCAUCACCAAUCCCAAAUCCUUCCUUUACAGCAGUUCUGCUCAUGAACCAUUAGUUAAAAUUCUUUAUUCCACUCAUAUCAGAAUUCUGGCCUUCUCUCCUUCUGUCAUUACCUCUGUCGAAGUCUCUAUAGACAGCACUCACCUGGGCAGUGCCCAUCAGGUCUCUGGCCCUCUUUACGUGCUGAAGUGGAGCCCACGGAACUACAGCAAAGGGUUCCAUCACAUAGAUGUGACUGUCCAGGAUGCUUCAGGAAGAACUAGCACGCGGGGGCAUGUAUUUGCUAUGGAAGAAAACCUGUCUCUUAGAUUUAGCUUUUGGCCAUCUCUUAUUCUUCUCGCUGACCACUAUGUUCUAGCUCGUAUGCUCUUUGGACUGAUGGUGCUGAGUCAGAUUGCCUUGCUCGUUGUCUUCCGAUACCUGCAAAAGCCAGCCCUCAAAGACAAGCCAGGAUUACUUACUCUGACCUCAUAUUCCCUUCACGUCUUCAGUAAAAUGAACACCUUUUAUUACUCAAUUCUGGUUCUGAAUUUAUACACCAUUCUGG